UGUUUCCAGCUUUGUACGCAAAACUACUGAAAAGAUUGGCACACUUCAUAUAAGUCCUGAUACUAGGGGGAGGCAAGAAGCAAAGGAUGACGAGCAACUGCAGGAGAUAACUGUUAAUCUCCUAACAUCUCCCCAGGAAGAGAAAGAGUUAGAACCACUGAGCUGUCAGCUUCCAGAGGAAGACCAUCUGAGAGAUCUCAAGGCUGCAACAGCAGAAGCCAUAGCCAAGCUCCAGGAUCCCCUGGUUUUGUUAGAACCACAGUGUAUGAGAAGGAUUUUACAGGAAUGGCUUGUCUUUCUAGAAGAAAAGUUCGGCAGCAAAGAGCAUUCUGCUUCCUCUGUUGAGAAAAGCAAGCCUGUGUGUGCUGAAGAAGAGAGGGCAGUCCUGGAGGAAAACCUACGGCUGGAUCCAACAGAUGGAGACCCAGCAGCCAAAGAACAGAGCAGUAUCUUGGAAGACUGUGCUGAAAAGGACAAUACUGAUGAAACCUGUGUAAGCAAAGCCAUGUGUGAAAAUAGUACUGAUCUGAAGGGACCUUUGGACUGCAGCUUUCAAGUGUCGUCUCCAUGUGUCAUAGAACCAGAUGUUAAGAAAGAUCUCGUUGAGUUGACAACACUGUGUUUUGAGCUGCGUGUAUUUUCUUGUGGAAAUGGUGAGGCAGAACACGGCUCUGGUGGAACACUGCCCCUAGCAGCUUUGUGGACCUUGGCUUGUAGGUUUAUGCGAAGCUAUUUCUUUCUUUUGGAUUUAAAAAGACUAAAGCAGUGUAUUAUAACCAUGUACGCAACCAGUCCUAAUGUAUGGGAAACAUACAUCGCAGGAUUGAAAGAACUAACUUGUCACAGUCCAGUAGCUUUAGCAAUGGAAAAUGAAGAUGAUAUGUUGAAAAUACUGAAACAGCUGCAUGACCUGGGGCCUUGGGAUGAUAGCCCGCUGUUACUGGUACAUGCUCAAAGGCUUUAUGAAAAAUUUGGGGACACAGCUCUUCGGCCCUUGAUCAAGUUCCACCCCUCUAUUUUGCCUUCUGAUAUCAAACAGCUUUGCAGGAAUGAUCCAGCUCACUUUUUAGCAUAUUUAGAUAGUCUGGUGAAAUCAAAGCCAGAGGAGAAAAGGUCAUCUCUCCUUAGAUCUCUUCUGCAGCCCGAAUCUGUACGACUGGAUUGGUUGUGUUUGGCAGUUUCUCGUGAUGCCCCACAAAGAGCAGAUACUGUGGAUGCAGAAGGAAAUCCCAGGCCACGAUCGCACUUGUUUACUUGGGGCUACAGCCAGCUCAUUAUGCUUUUGAUUAAACUCCCAGCUGAUUUUGUUACAAAAGAGAAGAUGGCUGACAUCUGUAGAUCACAUGGAUUUUGGCCUGGAUAUCUUUUUCUCUGUCUGGAGCUGGAUAGAAGAAGAGAAGCCUUUACUAAUAUUGCUCACUUGGAUGAUUUGAACCUGUUGAAUGGAGAUGAUGGCUCCAUUCCAGAGACCAUCGAAGAAUGGAAGUUUCUUCUGCAUCUUGCACAAAACCACAGCACAGCUUUCCACCACCAUGGCCCACAGAAUGGGAAUGCUGUCAGCAACGGUAGCCCGAGCUGCCCAGACUGUGUCACUGUGGAAAAUGUGGCUCUCUUACUGGCAAAGGCCAUUGGCCCAAAUCGUGCCUUGCCUCUCUUGCAGGAGUGUGGCUUGACACUAGAAUUGUCUGAGAGAUUUACUGGUGUCUGUGAGAUCCUGAGAAUUGCUGAGAAGAGGCAAAGAGCGCUGAUCCAGUCCAUGUUGGAAAGGUGUGACCGGUUUUUGUGGUCUCAGCAAGCAUAG